CAAUCUGACACUUCCAUUGGUAGUGGCCACAAAAUGCCGUCCAAAUUUCGGGCAAUAAAAAAAGUCAUCGACCAAAUGUCAACUUUUUGAUAUUUUAAUAACGAUUUUAAAAACAUUUCAUUGCAAUGAGUUUUCAACAUUAGUGACUCCAUUCACAAUUUCAAAUAUUACGACCACCAGAAACCGCAAUGACUAACUCACAGUCGUCCCCAUGCAAGCUCGGGGACCGCAUAGAAUGCGGCAACUCCUUCGGAACAGUCAAGUACGUGGGCCCCCUGGAAGGAAAACCGUCGAUUUGGCUAGGCGUCGAUUGGGACGACCCGGACCGAGGCAAGCACAACGGCAGCGUAAACGGAGUCCAGUAUUUCACGGCCAAUUUUCCCACAUCGGGGUCGUUCGUGCGGCCGGAAAAAGUCAAUUUUGGAAAGUCGGCGAUCGCGUCAAUCGAGUCGCGGUACGGCCAGAUCGAGGACGAAUUCACCGCGAAAAUUAACCAGCAGAAACAACUGUUGAUCCAGCAGACUAUGAACGCCCCGUUUUUGGAGAUGGUGGGGUUUGAUAAGAUUUUUAACAAACAGAGUAACUUCAACACGUUGCGGAUCGUGAAUUUGCGGGACCAGAAUGUGAACUCGGCUGGGGCUCCGCGCAAGUUGGGGGAAAAUUGCCCGAAUAUUGAGGAAUUGGAUAUUUCGAAAAAUUUAUUGGUGUCGUGGGAUGAAAUUCUCAUGAUUUGUGAUCAGUUGCCUAAAUUACAUUGGUUGAAUGUAAGUGAGAAUCUGUUAAGUGUGCCUGGGUCCCUAGGGAGUGUACAGUACCCAAAUUUGAGAACUUUGAUUUGUGGUACUAUGAGUUUGAGUUGGAGUGAGGUGUGCCAGAUUGGGAAAGCGUUUCCAGAUGUUGAGGAAUUUCGAGCGCCUCUUAAUAAGAUUGAGAAUUUAGAUCUCAUUGAGGGGAUUUUUUUGAAAUUGAAGUUGUUAGAUUUGGAAGGGAAUAAAAUCCAACAUUGGUCUGAAGUGUGUAAAUUGGGUUUUUUACCCCUCUUGGAACAAUUAAUUAUUGAGAAUAUCGGUUUGUUGUCGAUAGAGUUUGACGGCGAUGAAGUUCCUGUAUCAAUGUUUAGAACAUUGAAAAAAAUAUGUAUCGUCGAUAAUCAUUUAAAUGAGUGGCACUCAAUAGGCGAACUAAACCGUCUAGAAAGUCUGGAACACUUAAAAGUGUCCAGAAACCCUAUAACAGGGUCAGAGGAUCACGACACCAUCCACCAACUAAUAAUUGCUAAAAUUGCCAACUUGAAAAUCUUAAAUGGCGUAGAAAUCGAACCCGGGGAACGAAGAGGCGCCGAGUACGACUACAUAAAAAAAUACGGAUUAGAAUGGCUGAAAAUUAAAGGCACGAAUCAAGAGGAAGAAUUUUUGAGGUCCCACAACCGGUAUCAAGAACUAAUACAAAAAUACGGAGAGCCCGAGGAAUCUGAGCUCAUCACCAAACCAAAAAUAAUUAAAACGUCUCUGAUUCACCUAAAUUUAGUUUUCGAGGGUGUCGCUAUUGAAAAGAAAAUGCCUCCGACCAUGACCGUCCAGAAACUUAUGGUGCUUGCUCAGAAGUUGUUCUGUUUAAAGGAAAGGCCGCAACUUACUUACAUAAGUAGUACCGAUUCAAACAUUGAAAUUUCGCUUGAUGAUGAGAUGAAGGAAAUCGGGCUGUAUUCCAUGCAGAGUGGUGAUCAGAUUAUUGUUAAACAAUAGUGUGAUUUUUUAUAAAGAGUUAAUUUAUUUUGAUUAUUUAAUGCUUGAAAUAAAAUUUUAACUAAAA